GGCGGUGACGGCCUCCCCGCGACGACAUGCCUCUUGCCAAGGACCUCCUGCACCCCUCCCCGGAGGAGGAGAAGAGGAAGCACAAGAAGAAGCACCUGGUGCAGAGCCCCAACUCCUACUUCAUGGACGUCAAGUGCCCAGGAUGCUACAAAAUCACCACCGUCUUUAGCCAUGCACAAACGGUAGUUUUGUGCGUUGGUUGCUCCACUGUUCUCUGUCAGCCAACAGGAGGAAAAGCAAGGCUUACAGAAGGAUGCUCCUUCAAAAGGAAGCAGCACUAAACGCACCUCAAAUCAAGAUGAGUGGGAAACCAUCCCAAUAAGCACAUUUUGGAUAAAAAAAAAAAAA